AUGCCCGUUUACUGCUCCAACUUCUACGGCUCCAUCCAGUGCCGGGGCUACGCCCCUCGCUUCGGCGAACGCUGCGGCUUCUGCACGGUACACCGACGCGGUAGACCCCUGAAGCCAGGACUUCUUCCGCCCGCCGAGGAGCCAGACUGGAACCCCCCGCACACGCCGUCGGAUGACGACGAGGACGAAGAGUUCGACGAGCGAGAGUACGAUGCUUCCAAACGAACAGCGUUGCGUCGGCGCCGCGGUGCAGAGACCGGGGUGCGGCAGCAGUUGCAGUCGCUAUUAGACUGUCGACGGUCAUCAUCAUGA